AUGAUUGCUUUAAAGAGGGACUCGGAAGUAGGCUGCUAUACCAGAGCAUAUAAGGACACCGAGGGAGACAUUCAGACUAUCGCUGGCUAUCACCUCGGCGCUGUAAUCGACCGUGGGCCGUACAGGACUAUAAAACUUUGUAAAAGAGACUCUGGUGAAGAAUUCGUUAUGAAGGUAUACCGUAAUAUUGCCCUAUCGCGACAGAAGUUCUACCAUAACCUCCCAAGUGGUGGUAUGGUCCGCCAUACUGCAUUGGAAGGGCUUCAACGAGAAGUCCACAUUCUUCAGAAGUUGGGAGUCCAUCCCACUAUAGUAGCUCUUAGAGACGUCUUCUACAACCCAGAUCGGCAGAAGACGUAUUUGGUUUUGGACUGUUGUCCAGGCGGGUCUGUUCAAAGGUGGAAUCCUACUGAGCGGAAGUAUGAGCCUAUCAUAGCAGACUAUACUCUGAUGAGGAAGUACAUCGUGGGUACAUUGGAAGGCCUCCAGUUCAUCCAUAGUAGGCAUGUUGUCCAUCGAGACAUCAAACCAGAGAACCUCCUCGUCGAUAGUGCAGGCAGAGUUCGUAUCAGUGACUUUGGCUCAGCGAGGAUAGUCGACGAGCAGGACUCCAUAGGCUCGGACUCUACCUUGGGAUGUACAUACCCCUUCCUAGCUCCAGAGAUGUGUGGUGUGUCUUCUGAUGAUGGCUAUGCAAGCUCCCUUGAUGGAGAUGAUGGAGUGACGUCCCCUAGUGUGGGUAUGGCCUUCCAAGGGGAUAUGUGGGCAGCUGGGAUAACCUUCUGGACCAUGUUGGUGGGUACAUUACCUUUCUAUUCGACUGAUCUCAAUAACUUGUUCAACACCAUCGCUCGAUGUGAUCUCCCUCUGGAAGACGUAAGCCUUGUUGCUGAUGAGCUUUCGCCUAUACAUCUCCCAUCAGUUGUCAAGAAGGGAAGCCCUUCCCUCCUGGAUGGUCAACCUCGUAACAUCCCUACUACGGCGGCAUCCAUGGGAUCGUCCACGAGCCUCUAG